AUGGAGCUAACACAAUUCAUCGCUACCCGGCGAGAAGCUCUACUUGUUGGCGACUACAGCACCUAUCGAGCACAACUGUCGCGGCAACUGCUCGCUCUGCGCAAACGGCUCGGUCGAGCAACACCGAAGCGGGAAAAGUUCGCAAAGCGAGACGUAACGGCCGAGGACGUUGGGAGUAACCACGAGUUCGCACACCUACUGCUGCUCACCAGUGAGCGAGCAUGGGCCCAUGCGAUGUACAUGAAAGCUAGCCACAGUGAAGGCGCUAGCGGGAAGGGGAUCACGGGGAGUACUCGAAGCCACAUCAUCUCUCGAUUAGCCAAGGCAGCGAAGAUUGCCAAAGAGCUGCUGGAGCUUCUUGGCAAUCGCGAGGCCAGCAACGCCAAUGAUGACGGUGUGUUGGAGGCACGAGCAUAUCAUGCCACAUUGGCAGGGAGCGAAGAAUUUGAGAAGCAGUCAGAAGGCCAACGCUCCGCCGACAAUCAGUCGAGCGAGAAGCGAUGGGAGCCUUGCUUGCGGCACUACUCCGAAGCAAGGGUCAUCUAUGCCGCAUUCUAUGAGAAGACCAAAAAGGAAGUUUUCAAAGACAUACUUGCAGGCACCGUAGACCCAACCAUACGGUAUGCGGCGUAUCAAGCGCAUCUGUCUCGCACGAUAGCAAUUUCAACGAUCGCCAAACGUUACUUCGCGUCCGAUGAUGAGGAGCUUGUGCGAAUGGUUCAGCAACUUGAUCAGUAUGCUCUAAAAGACAAGCUGGAGCCGAAGUCAGAAGACGAGAAGAAGUCUUCGCCGCAGGAAGUGCCAAGCAGCGUUACGUGGCGAGGACGAAAAGCCAACAUUGUAGACGCCUCUAUUGGCCAAGCUUUAGCGAGCGUAACAACAGCACAAGGCCGGCUAAGCGCACACUUGAAAUCCAACCCUUCUGCCCCAAGUCGCGAACAGGCUGCGGCGUACGACGACGUAUUAACUGCAGCGCAAGACGCUGCCGACGCCACCAAACGUGCUACAGAUGAGCUGGAGAAGGAACGGGUUGAUGAGGGCGACCCUCGGAUGCAAGAUCUUCGAGUGACCAGCCUUAGGGUCAACUACGACCUAGUCAGUUGGCGAGUCGGCCGCAAUCGUGUUCUCAUCGGUGAGAAAGAUGGACUUACCUUCACCGCUCAGCGGUCGAAGCAGCCGAAACGGCCGCGCAGAGAUGGGACAACAUAUCCUGCGAAAGAAGAGCCGCGCUCGCGCAAGCUUGCACGGCUAAGGGAGAGGGUGGUGUUGUACGACGCAACAAUUCAAAGCAUCAAUUCAGUCAAAGACCUCCGUGGUGCAAUGCGAGACGCCAGUUUCGUAGAGGAGCUAGACAGCAAGGCUGCUUACUUCCGUGCGCUGAAGUGCGUAAACAUAAGCUAUUCGCAUGCCAUGCUCGGCAGCCACCUGAACGCUCUCGCGUUGCUUAGCCGCGCAAAAGGCUUGCUUUCAGCAGCCUUGCCAACCAUCUCGCAGCAAUCGCCGGCAGACAUCGACGCGCCUCCGACGCUACAUGUCUUGACCUCAACAGCGGAAGCCGUGGACAAGCAUGUGUCCGCUCUGCUUUCUCGCGCUCACGCAAUCGUUGAGAUGCACAAGCUCGAAGAAAAUGCCCGUGUUGCAGCAGAGAAGCACAUGACUUCCGCUCUGCCGCUGGUGCAGAACCUGAACGCAUUCCCCACGCCUGGCGUACAAGUGGACCUCAAAAACCUUGUACAGUAUCCGCCGAAGAUACAGCCUGUUCCUGUCAAACCGCUAUUCUUGGAUGUGGCAUGGAAUUACAUCGAGUAUCCGGGCCGCAAGGCACAGGUAGCCACGAACCCUGCCGCUCCGGCCCCGGCGGACGAAAAGAUGGUCAAUGGGGUGGAUGAGAAGCCGCAGGAGAAGAAGAGAGGGUGGUUUGGCUUCGGGCGGUGA